GCAGCAGCAGCUCACCUGACAACCAUGACCACCACUGACAUGAGCACGGGCAAGAUCAUCUUUUUUGAGGAGAGGAACUUGCAGGGUCGCUCCUACGAGUGCAUGAGCGACUGCGCCGACGUGUCCUCCUUCCUGAGCAGGUGCCAGUCCUGCCGGGUGGAGAGCGGCUGCUUUAUGAUCUACGAGCGUCCUAACUUCAUGGGCAACCAGCACUUCAUGAAGAAGGGCGAGCACGCCGACUCCAUCAGCGUGAUGGGCAUGACCAGCGGCAUCAAGUCCUGUCGCAUCAUCCCCAUGCACAAAGGCCAGUUCAGGAUUAGGAUCUUUGAACGGGAGAACCUGAGCGGCCAGUCCCAAGAGCUGCUGGAGGACUGCGACAACAUAGUGGAGCGCCUCCGGAUGAAUGAAUGCUUGUCCUGCCAGGUGCUGGAGGGCCACUGGCUGCUGUUCGAGCAACCCAACUUCCGCGGCAAGGUGGUGUACGUGAGGCCCAGCGAGCACCGCACCUUCAAGGAGAUGGGCUUGGGCAGUACCCGCUUCUUGAGCAUGAAGCGCAUCACAGACACGUGCUAG